AUGCCAUUGAACGCUAUAGGAUGGACAACUGAAGAAGACGAAAAACUAAUUGAAUUAGUGCAACCCCACGGACAUUUGUAUUGCUGGUUGGAUCCUUCCCGAAAGAAUAUACUCACUCGGGAGAGAACCUGGCAAGAAAUUGCUACGGAAAUUUUAAAACCAGUUGAGGAAUGUAAGAAACGAUGGAGGGGUCUCCGUGAUGGAUACACAAGAAACAAGCGCAUGGGAUCAAUACAUAAAUCUAAAUUACCCAUAUUUGAAAAACUGAAAUUUUUAGACGGCAUGCCCCUUGAUAGUUUGCAAAUAGAAAACAACACAUUGGAAACUAGAGAAAUAUUCGAUGAGGAUACCUCGGAGAGUCAAAUAUUAGAAGAACAAGUAGCUGCCGAGCAACAGGUCAUAACAGAUAAUCAGGAAUAUUAUGAAAUAACGCUUGUUGAUAAUCCUUUGCAAGAAACAGAUACUAAACCACAAAUUAUAAAAAUUGUCCCAAAGAAAAUUAAACUAGAAGGAAACAACCAAAUUGGCGAACCACCAAAAAAAAUUGGAAGAAAGAAUGCUGGCAGGAAAAAGUCAGUGCCGAUUCCAAGAAAUAUUCCACCUAUUAAAAUAUUACCAAAACCGAUUGUAAUGAACGAACCUAGGAUAAUAAAAUGUGUCGAGGAUCCAAAAACGCCAGAGCAAAGAUCGCAAGUCAUUGAUAAACUUAUUGAGAAGAUAUUGAAAGAGAAUACAAAUGAAAUAGACGUAUUCUUCAGAAGUAUGGCGGCUAGCGUUAAGAAACUACAACCAAAUUUAAUUCCAAAAGUGAAAAUGGAAGUGUGUAAUGUAAUAGCAAAAUAUGAAAUGCAGAGUUUCGAUAAGAACAUGCAGAAUAGUUAA